AAAUGUCUGUUCCCUCCUCCCCACUUUCCCUUCGCAAAUUUGGGGUCAUUACCAUAUAACUUUAUACCCCAACCACUGUCAACAAAAAGAUUUACUCUCAGGGUCAGAAUUCAAGAAUUCAUCUUUUUAUCCGAGGCCACGUGAAUCCCCCAGGUCUAGACCAUGAGCAGACAAAGGGAGCUGUCUGUGAGAAGCCUUUCUCCAAGGCGAAACCCCAGCCCGACGACCGGUGCCAAAGUGAGCUCUAAGGACACGAACUUCUUUUAAAACAAGUUACCCGAGGAGGGCCGUUGGGCCAGAGCCCCGGAGCUGACCUGGCCCCGUUUUGCAUCGUUUUAAGCAGAAGAGUGCCAUGAUCUGAUUUGUCAUUUAAGACUCUGGCUGCUGGGUGGGGGACAGAUUGUAAGGGAGAUGGAGCCUGCCACCCUUGUCCUCUUUCUGUGUUUUGGAUGUUCAUAUAUGUCACAGCUCUGUACCGCCCCCUUCUCAUCAGCGCUUGCCUUACCCUGCUUCCUCUUUUCCUUGGCCUUGUCCGCCUAGGGACUAGAAGGUGGGGACAAAACAAUUUGCCAGUCCCCGCCCCCAGCCUGAGGCUGGCACGUGGCCCCGGAGCUUAGCACUGGCCCCGCCCCUGCAUAGGCCCCGCCCCUUGAGCUGAAGCUUAGGGGGUGCGCCGCACAGCCCCGCCUCUCCGCAGCCAACCCCGCCCUUCCCUGCCUUCAAGGCCACGCUCACACCCAUUAAUUGGUCUGCUGGUGGUGCAGGCGCUCAGCCCUACCCCUCAUCAGCUCCGCCCCCUCUAGGCCCCGCCCCUUCCAAGCCUUGUGUACGACCGUUGGGUGGCCGCAGGAGGAGCCAGGGCCCAGCCCUUUUCGUAUCGCCCCAACCAUCCCCGGAGGCUCCGCCCCCUCGAGGUCUCAUCCAAGUCCAUUGGGCCUGUAGCUAGUCCCUCGGAGGCCCCGCCCCUCCCCAAGGCCCCGCUCCAUUUAUUGGGUGGCCGCAGGAGGAGCCCGAGCUCUCCUCUUCCAGCCGCCGGCUCCGCCCAGCACGAGGCACCGCCCACAUAGGCCCCACCCCCCCGAGGGCCCGCCUGGUCUGUUGGGCUGCCGGCAGGAGGCGCCGCGCCAUGCGCGGGUCCGGAGCAAGGGCUCCAGCUGACGGCGGGUGUGGGAGCCGCGCGGGAACGCGGCGGCGGCGGCGGCGGCGGGCUGUGUUGGAGGACGCGGCCUUUUCCCUGCCGUUGACCAGAGCCCUCAGUGCUCGUCCGUGAAGACGGGCCCACCAUGUUCUAUGGGACCCACUUCAUCAUGUCCCCACCUGCCAAGAGCAAGCUGAAGCGGCAGGGCCAGCUGCUGUCCAGCGUGCUGUCCCGGACGCUGAGCUACAAGUACCGUGACCUGGACACCACCUGCUCCAGCCUGGGCAGCAGCGACGACCCGGCCGAGCUCUCCACCCAGCUCUCGGCCCCUGGGGUCCUGAAGGUGUUCGGGGACAGCGUGUGCACGGGCACCCACUACAAGAGCGUCCUGGCCACUGGCACGUCCAGCGCCCGGGAGCUGGUGAGGGAGGCCCUGGAGCGCUACGCCCUGAGCCCUGAGCGUGCCGGCCAGUACGUGCUGUGCGACGUGGUGGGCCAGGCCGGCGACUCCGGGCGGCAGUGGCAGGCCGAGGGCUUCCGGGUGUUCGGCGACAACGAGAAGCCCCUCCUGAUCCAGGAGUUAUGGAAACCCCGAGAAGGCUUGUCCCGGAGGUUUGAGCUGAGAAAGAGGUCGGAGAUGGAGGAGCUGGCAGCCAGGGACGUGGACACUGUGACGGCAGGGAUAAACGCCCAGGCCCGGAGACUGCAGCGGAGCCGCGCCAAGGGAACCACAGCCCCGGCCGCGGGGGGCACCUGGAGCCCCCCUCCACCCCGCCUGCGCCGCACGGUCAGCGAGACCAGCCUGGGCUCGGCCAUUGCCCCGCCGUCCACUGCCCGGGGCCCCGAGGAGCCCGGCCAGGACGCCAUGCGCUGCUCCCUCUACGAGUCGCCCCACCUGCUGCUCCUGCAGGGCUACAGCCAGCAGCACGACAGCCUGGUCUACGUGCUCAACCGGGAGCGGCACACGGUGGGCCAGAGGACCCCCUCCAGCAAGCCCAGCAUCAGCCUCUCGGCCCCCGACAUCCUGCCCCUGCACUGCACCAUCCGCAGGCGCCGGCCGUUGGACCGAGCUCAGGCGGGGGCACAGCUGGUCCUGGAGCCCAUCCCCGGGGCGUCCGUCUCGGUCAACUUCUCGGAGGUGGGGGGCCGCGCCGUGGCGCUGCGCCACGGGGACCUGCUCUCCCUGGGCCUGUACUACCUGCUGCUGCUGAAGGACCCAGCGCAGGCCCAGCCCCUGCCCGCCCAGGCCCUGGCCCGCCUCCGGGCCGUGCCGGAGAGCUGUAGGAUGUGCGGUGCCCCGCUCCGGGCCCGGGGCGCCUCGGUCUCCGCGAGGCCCGGACCCCCCCGGGCGCAGCCGCUGCACCUGGAGUUCGAGCCCGACAUGGAGGACGCGCUGCUGCAGCGGAUCAUGACGCUGGUCGAGCCGGGCGGCAACGACCACAAGCUGACCCCCGCCUUCCUCCUCUGCCUCUGCAUUCAGCACUCGGCCACCCGCCUCGAGCCGGGCUCCUUCGGGCAGCUCCUGCUCAAGAUGGCCAAGAUGAUCCGAGAGACGGUCUGGGAGAAAACCAAAGAACUCGCUGAGAAGCAGGCGCACCUCCAGGAGCCCCUCUCCACGGCCAGCUUCACCAUGGCGGGCCUGGUUCCGGACCUGCAGCACAUCCUCUUCUGGAUGUCCAACUCGGUUGAGCUUUUGUACUUUAUCCAGCAGAAGUGCCCACUCUACAUGCAGAGCCUGGAGGAGGACCUGGAUGUCACAGGCUCGAAGGAGUCCCUGUUCUCCUGCACGCUCACGGCCAGUGAGGAGGCCAUGGCAGUGCUGGAGGAGGUCAUCCUGUACGCCUUCCAGCAGUGCGUGUACUACGUCUCCAAGUCCCUGUACGUGUGCCUCCCGGCCCUGCUGGAGUGCCCCCCCUUCCAGCUGGAGUGCCGCGAGAGCUGGUGCUCGGCCCCUCAGCUGCCCGAGGAGCUGCACCGCGUCGUGUCCAUCUACCAGGCCACCCUGGACCUCCUGCGGCCGCUGCAGGUGCACCCCGAGAUCGCCGCCCAGGUGCUGGCCUACCUCUUCUUCUUCUCCGGCACGCUGCUCUUCAACCAGCUCCUGGACAAGGGGCCCUCUCUGAGUUGCUUCCACUGGCCCAGAGGCGUCCAGGCCUGUGCCCGCCUGCAGCAGCUCCUGGAGUGGACACGGAAUGCCGGCUUUGGCGAGGCUGGAGAGCGCUUCUUCCGGAAGCUUUCCUGCACACUCAGCCUGCUGGCCACGCCCAGUGCCCAGCUCGUGCAGAUGAGCUGGGCGAACCUGCGGGCCGCGUUCCCUGCCCUGAGCCCUGCGCAGCUGCACCGCCUGCUGACCCAGUACCAGCUGGCCUCGGCCAUGGGCCCCAUGAGCGCCUGGGAGCCAGGUGCCCAGGACAGCCCCGCAGCCUUGAAGUCAGAGGACGUCCUGGAGUCCUAUGAAAACCCCCCACCCAUCGUUUUGCCGAGCGAGGGCUUCCAGGUGGAUCUGGAGGCCGACUGCCUGGACGACAGCCUCCACCAGCACCUCCUCUACAUCCGCCACUUCCUGUGGAGCCUGCGGAGCAAGCCCAGCCCCGGCGGCAGGCCCGCGCGGCCAGAGUGUCUCCAGGGCCCGCAACACACCAGCCCCGAGGGCCACCCUGAGGACCAGAGCCGCCCCCUGGCUUCCAGGGACCCUGGCAGGGGAGCCCGUGAGGCCGGCUUGGAGCGCACGCCUCCUUCCGCGGGGGACCCCCAGGCACAGGGCCCUCUGGGAAGGCCGCCAGGCCGCGUGAGCCGUGGGGGGGCCCAGGCCGGGGACCCACACGGGGACCCCUCGUGCCUGCUCACGCCUCCCGGCACCCCACUCAGCCUGGAACCCGCUGUCCCCGACUGGCCAGAAGCCAGCAGUGCCUGUGGGGAAGUGCUUCUGGAAGGGAGGAGGAACGGGCCGAGCGGCCCGGGGUGCGCAGCCCCACAAGGAGACUGUGCGGCCCCGGCGGCCGAGCCCCCUCCAGCCCCCUCCAGCCACAGCUCCAGCACGGACGACUUCUGCUACAUGUUCGUGGUGGAGCUAGAGCGAGGCCCCUCCGGGCUGGGCAUGGGCCUGGUCGACGGGAUGCACACACCCCUGGGCGCCCCAGGGCUCUACAUCCAGACCCUGCUCCCGGGCAGCCCCGCAGCGUCCGACGGGUGGCUGUCGCUGGGAGACCGCAUCCUGGAGGUGAACGGCAGCAGCCUGGUGGGCGUCAGCUACCUGAGAGCCGUGGAUCUGAUCCGACACGGGGGAAAGAAGGUGCGGUUUCUGGUUGCCAAGUCAGACGUGGAAACGGCCAAGAAGAUCCGCUUCCGCACGCCCCCUCCCUAGGCGCCGUGCAGGGGCGGCCCGAGCACCUACGCCUGCGGCUCCCAGGUUACGGCCCCUUCUGCCAGGCUGUUCGGUGUGGCUGCGUCACCCACAGGACGCUAGCCGCAGUCCCUAGUGUACAUUUUGUUUUAUUGAUACGACACAUAACACUAAGUUGUGAUGCUUGUCACAGA